ACCCCACCCUGCGCACGAACUCGCUUUAUCUCACCCUCACAUUUCUACACCACAUAGCGCAUCAAUGAUCCAUUAAAUGGGCGCUUACACCUCGACCAUGAUUUGGGCCCGCCCAUAUCGAGUAGCUGCCUGAUACAUAGCUGCCUGACACACAUAUUAAGUCUGGCUUGAUCCGGCGACAGCCUGACAGCACCACCUUCUUCAUACAUUCCUCACCUUCUACCGCAUACUGAAGCGAUUACAUGAUGGCAGAACCCAUAGGUUUAGCUUCCGGGCUGUUGACUUUGUCUGCUUUUGCUUUCCAGUCUAGCGUCGCAUUAUAUGAGAUGGUAACGAGUUUUCAAAGCCACCCGAAACGCGUGCGCGACCUCAUAGAUGAGCUCGAGGCUUUGAGUGGCAUUCUAGAGCCGCUCACCGAAACAGUUGCAGCCACGACUGAUAUAGAUCUCUCUGCACUUGAACUUCCCUUACUACGAUGCGGGAAGGCCUGCGAAGAGUUCCAGCAAGAAAUUCUGAAAUGUUUGUCACGGUCUAGUGGAAGUCGGACCAGCUUUCGAGACUGGGCCAAACUAAAAUACAUGGGUGAUGACAUUGAUGCGUUCAGGCGCCUUUUGGCGGGGUACAAGUCAACUAUUAAUAUUGCCCUCACCGAUGCAAACCUGUCCUCGAUCACCUCUGAAAACCUGGGACUCUACGAAGAUCUCGUUGAAUCUGCGAAGGCUGACCUCGAGGCUCACCUUGAAAACAUCGAUGGAAAGCUUGAGCGUAUUCUUGGACAAGCCUUGCCAGCCUCUGAUUCGGACGCAUUGGAACUGCGAAAAAUCAAAGAAGAACGGCUGAGCACAGAAAAAUGUCUCCAAAUCUGUGCCCAGUUGUCAGAACACAUCAGUCAGAUUCAGCGCUCAUUCCAGCACAGAGGCGGCUCCCCUAGUUCCAGCCCAGACACCGUGCCUGAAAGAGUUACCAGUGACAGCCUGCAAGAGUGCAAAGACAACCUUGAACUGACAAUUUCAAAACUGGAAAAGCGUAUGCAAGAUGUCUUGGACCGAAUGGUGGCAAAGUCAAAGACAGCCAUGACGUCCGAACAAGAUUAUACGGAUCUUGUCAGGCUACGGGAUGAGUGGGAUACAGCUCACAAGUGCAUGGAUAUCUGCUCUAAAGCAAACAAUAAUUUGAAGGAGAACAUCAGCACGAUUGAUAACUAUGCUACUGGUGAUGCUUUACAAUUCAUGGUUUCGACAAGUGGGCAGCUCGUCCGCGGUAAAAAUCGAGGGCUUGGGUGGCGGACCAGGCAAGUUGGAGGCCACCUCAGCGACACCACAGUCCAACAGUUAUCUCGGGAUAUGACCAGCUUUAACCUCCGGAAUACUGAAAGUUACGGCCAACCUUCGCAAGGCCGUGCAUCAGUUGUUCCAGAUGAAACAGAAAACGAAGCGAUAAAUGAAUUCAAGGACCGGUAUGGACAAGGCUUUCAACUUGCACCCAAGCGUUCCUAGAAUAGCUAUGGGGCUUACAGACCCGGGCCUAAGUAAUACAUCGAAAGAAUUUGGACUUGUGGUGUCCGGCUUUUGAUUGGCAGGUUCUUGUUUGUACUCGCGGUGUAUCUCAGGCAUCCAUAAACAGCUUAAAGAUGACUCCAUUAUUUCAGCAACUUAUC